AUGGCCCGCCAACCCUCUCUUGACUCUGAGCGUCCCAUCAUGGCUCAGUCUAACCGAACCUCCAAGCGAUUCUCCGCCAUCAGUGGAACCCCGUCGGUGGCUGCCUCGGAUCGUACAAACGGUAGCAUUUCCAACGGCGAUACCAGAAUCGCUCACAUCUCCCACCUCCGCGACGGCUUCGAGCGCCUUGAGAACAAGCCCCUCAACAAGCAGCGAUUCAUACCCACAGAAGAGAAGUCGGACAACCUGAACAAGCUCGCUCUCGGCGCUAAGGUCGAGCGCGCCCUGGGCCGGAGGAUGACCAGCCAGGAUGCUGUUAUGCGCAAGCCUCUUUCCGAGAAGGCCAAGACGGGAACUGCCUCGCCCUGA